GUGUCUCUCCAGCUCGGUGCGCACUCAACACUCAACCUCCAGUGGUGAGGACGAAAGAACACACCGUCGGAGGAGAGGAGGAGGGAUACAACCAGGAAUCCGGGACUAUUUCUUCUCUCGUCCGCGAAAAAGAGGGAUAGAGAAGAUGCAAGGAGAUGGGGAGAAGGACCACCUGGAGAGCCCCAGCCCGCUGACUGACAAGGAGAAAGUCAUGAUCCAGGAUUCGUGGGCAAAAGUCUACGAGAACUGCGAUGCUGCCGGGGUCGCCAUCCUGAUCAGACUGUUCGUAAACUUCCCCUCAUCCAAGCAGUAUUUCAGCCAGUUCAAGCACAUUGAGGAGGUAGAGGAGCUGGAGAGCAGCGCCCAGCUGAAGAAGCACGCCCAUCGGGUCAUGAACGCCCUCAACAGUCUGGUUGAGAGCCUGGAGAAUGCAGAGAAGGUGGCCCAGAUCCUCAAGUCUCUGGGCAAGUCGCACGCACUGAGACACAAGGUGGACCCGGUCUAUUUCAAGAUCCUGAGCGGCGUGAUCCUGGAGGUCCUUCCCGAGGCAUUCCCACAGGUGGUCACUCCGGAGGUGGGCGCGGCGUGGACCAAGCUCCUGGCCUCUGUCUACUGCGGAAUCUCUGCCGUGUACGAGGAAGUGGGCUGGACCAAGCUGUCCACGUCCAGCGGGUGACCUGUCCGGAUCGUACCAACCGGGAUCACGUACCACACAGACGCUUGAAUGGCCUCUUUACCUAAGGAAUCAACUCAACUUAAACUCUAUAAAAGAAAGCAAUGUAUCUGAGAAAAUGUAUAAAAUAUAGUUUGUGUAACAUUAGAUAAAACUGGAUGAUUAAUAUGCAUAUACAAUAUUAUAAUGUACCAAUAAUAAUAAAUGAGUAGGUAUCAUAGCCUAUAGCAGCAGAUGCACGUAUACUGUUAAAACUGCCACUAUCUUUACCAUAGUUUGGGACCAAUGGAUUGCAAUGAAGGGACAAAGUCAUAGGAAAUGCCAGCAGUGGACUCAGCUCUUAUUGGACUUGGAUGUGCCUUCUAUUGAAUGUGUAUAUCGAGAAACUGCCAUGUAAAUACCAUUCGGAAAUCCUCCUCGUGCUGUUUUACUAUUAGAAGUGUCGACCCACACGUGUCCUAGAGAGAUGUUUUUACAUUUAUAACAGAUUAUAGUGACGAUUGUACAUUUUUACAUUAUCCUUUGUAUAUGUAUUAAACACACUAUAUGAAAAAAAAA